UAUCUUCUCAUCUUCUCAUCUUCUCUUUCUUUCUCAUCUUCUUUAACAUCUUACAUCAUUUUAUCUUCUCUUUCUCUUUCUCUAUCUUCUCUCUCACUUUUACUUGUUGCCGAGACGAUCCUGGUUUUCUUCAUUCAAUUUGCAAUUCUCUCUCAAAUAGUUAUUCUUUUUUGUUCUACUGUCAAUUGGUAAUUAACUUCUUUUUCUUGAUUAUUUUCAAUCAAUUCUCUCAACAAUUUAACGAUGGCUGAAUUCGCUGGUGAAUAUUCAUUUGUCUCAAGCGAAAAUUUCGAUGAAUUUUUAAAGGCUUUAGGUCUUAAUUUUCUUCUACGAAAAACUGUUGGCGCAUUGAAACCAACAUUCAUCAUAAAGGUCGACGAUGAUGGAACCAUCACCUUUAAAUCAAUAUCAACAUUCAAAACCUCCGAGACCAAAUUCAAAUUAAACGAAGAGUUUGAAGAGAAACGUAUGGAUGGGGUAACUUGUAAGAGCACCGUCACCCAAGAAGGUAACAAGUUGAUCCAGAAGCAGCAAAGUGAGCCUCCGGCUGAAAUUACUCGUGAAUUCAACGGGGAUGAGAUGAAAAUUACUUGUACAUGUGGUGAAGUUACCGCCACUCGAAUCUACAAAAAAUCCUCCAAGUAGAACGAAACUUAUUGGAAAAAGAUAAACAGCGAUUAAAUUAAAACAGUUCUAAGGCCGUAUGCAUACAAUUAAAUUUAAUCAAAUCAAUAAUCAAUCUCGUAAUCAAUUAUAAUCUGUGUAUCCUGUUUAUCCAAACGAUUAUCUUUUUUCUCUCUUUCUCAAAACAAAAUGAAAAAUCAAUUAAUUUUCUUGAGCUUUUGUUAAGAUCAAAUUCGUGUUCAGUUUAAAAUCUAAUUGUAUUGUCCAAGAAAUACGCACAUCUCAUGUUCUCCCCUAAUCCCUGAUUCGUUUCGUGAUGAACAUUCCCCUGAAAUCUGCUGAAGUGCUAAUAAAAAGCUCAGUCUUUAUGUGGCCAAAUUAAAA